AUGGCAGAUAUUGUACCCUUGUUGUCCAAUUCUACCAUAAGCAGUUGGGUGGUAGACUCAGGAGCUACUCACCAUAUUACUUAUAAUAAGGAAGUACUAAACAAUGUUAAAACAAGUGGAAAAGAAGGAAGUAAUGGUCUGCAAUUGCCAACUGGUAACAAGGCAGGGAUAACACAUACAUUAAUUCUACGAGGCCUGUACAUAAAAGAUGGUCUCUACAGUGGCAAGGUCUUGCAGAUUGCUAAGGAAUCUGAAGGUCUUUACAUAUUGAGAGAAUGUGCAAAGUUUGAUGUGAAUAUCAAGAUUCUGAGAAAUGACAAUGGUACAAAGUUUUUCAAUUCCAAAUGUAAUGAAUUGCUCUACUCAUUUGGCAUUAUUCAUCAAAGCAGUUGUUCAUAUACGUAUCAACAAAAUGGGACUGUGGAGAGAAAACACAGACACAUUAUGGAGCUCUCAGAAAAUGCUCAAUUCCCAGAACCAUUAUCCACUCCAACUUAUAGUGAGCAAAAUACACCAGCAUCCCCUGCCAUUGCACCAGAACCUCAUCCAAAUUCUCCUGAACCUCAUGAACCUUCUACAACAGAUACCAACACAACCUCUGCAGAAGAGGAUUCAAUUCCAGACAAUGAAGAGAUUCCUGGUCCUUUACUACCUCAGCAGGUUGAUACAGCUAGUUCUUCACCUUCUCAGCCACCUUCUCCACCAGCAUUCUACUUGAAGUCCUUCUCGGUUGUCAUUGAACCAAAGACCUACAAGGAAGUUGCAGCGGAUCAGAAUUGGGUUCAUGUAAUGGAACAGAAAAUCAAGGCUCUUGAAGAUAAUCACUCCUGGGAGAUAGUAAAUCUGCCUGCUGACAAACAAGUUAUAGGCUCUAAAUGGGUCUACAAAGUUAAACAUAAAGCUAAUAGUGAGAUAGACAUGUACAAAGCAAGAUUAGUGGCUAAAGGCUACACUCAACAAGAGGGUCUUGACUACCAUGAAACACCUAUAGCAAAAAUGUGA